AUGGCUGCGCCCACGAAAGUCAUUUGUUUAUUAAGUAACUUAAAACAAUUUCGAAAUAUUUGCAUUAACACAGAAUGGAGACAGUUACUUUUAUCUAAACAAAGAGAGUCAUAUACUAACUGUGUUAGGUGCUUUGGUUUCACAAAUUCUCUGUGCCAUGGAGAGUAUGAAUACAAAGAUCCUGCUUCAGAAGAGGACAUAGUCAACAUCACGUAUGUGGACAAAAGUGGCAAGAGAAUUCCAGUGCAAGGCAAGGUUGGAGACAAUGUCAUGUAUCUGGCUCAUAGAUAUGGGAUUGAACUAGAAGGAGCAUGUGAGGCGUCGCUAGCUUGCUCCACAUGCCACGUGUACGUACAUGAGGACUUCUGUGACAGGCUGCAGGAACCCAAAGAAGAGGAAGAUGACAUGCUGGACAUGGCACCAUUUCUCAAAGAAAACUCCAGAUUAGGUUGCCAGAUAACACUGAGUAAAGCUCUGGAAGGUAUUGAAGUCACGUUGCCUCAGGCAACCCGUAACUUCUACGUGGAUGGACAUGUACCACAACCACACUGACAGCCGAGCACUGUAGUUACCAACCUAUUUCUAGACUUAUGAAUAAUGAGGCAUAAUCUGGGAAAUCUGGGCUAAAUGCAUGUGCGUAAAGUAUCGUCUCAGAUUAGCCUGUGUUGUCUGCUCAGGCUAAUUAGGGACAACACUUUCCACCUUAGCUGGAUUUUUAGCUCCGCUGUUUUCGGAGAAAACCUGAGCUAUUGUCUUAGCCAGCUCGUCGUCCGCCGUCUGCCGUCCGCCGUAGGCGUCAUGCUAUAACCUUAACAUUGGCCAUAACUUUUUAAAUAUUAAAGAUAGCAACUUGAUAUUUGGCAUGCAUGUGUAUCUCAUGGAGCUGCACAUUUUGAGUGGUAAAAUUUCAAGGUGAACAUCAUCCUUCAAGGUCUAGGGUCGAAAAAACAAAGUCAAGGGAAGUAAUAAGCUUUAAAUGGACAUAGUCAUCUGACCUGUCCAUGUAUAUAUCUUUGUUAAAUAAAUCAAAGCGGCAUUGUGUUUCUGACAAACACAUUGUGAUAAAAGAUCAACGUCAAGGUCACCCUUCAAGGUCUACGGUAAAAAAUACACAUUUAAGGGAAGUAAUAAGCUUUAAAGGGAGAUAAUUAUUCAAUAUUGAACAUAGCCACUUUAUAUACCGGUAUUUAGCAUGCAUUUGUAUCUCAUGGAGAUGCACAUUUUGAGUGGUGAAUCUACAGUCACGGUAGUGGCUUUUAAUUAUUUGCUACUAAAAAUAGAGAUUUGUUAGAGACAAUUAUUUUCAAGGGAAGUAAUUUAUAUAAUUAUAAAUCUCAUAUUAUAUAUUUCCUUACCAAGAAUUGAAGUUCUUUUCACAGUUACUGUACAGAUUUUUUUAUUUUGAUUAUUUAUAACUCAAAUGAUUGAUUUGUCAAAGUUUUGUUUUAAAUGAUAUAAUUAUCAUUUCUUUCAUGUACUUAGUUGUUAAUAGUAGUGUUCAUUACAUACCUGUGGACUUAUGUCCAUAGAUACAUGAUGAAUUCUGGCUAUGAUCUCUUUGAUUAACCACAGGCCUUGGUUGUCAGUGAUGUCUGAUUUGGUCAUAAUUUUUGACUGUCUACAGACCCCCCCCCUCAAGCCCCGGUUGGAUUGGACAAAAUCCAAGGGAAGUAAUAAGCUUUAAAGGGAGAUGAUUUCUAUACCUGCCAAAUGAUAAAUAGAAAUUAGGGGGCAUUGUGUUUCUGACGAACACAUCUCUUGUUGGGUCACUAGGUCAAAGGUCAAGGUCACUAUGACCUCUAAAAAAAACAAAAACAAUUUCUGACAAACUUUCGCAGCCGAGCGUGGCACCCGUUAUGCGGUGCUCUUGUUGUUAAGAGAGACUUCCUUUUUUAAACAAUUCCAUAAAAGCAAACUGCUCAGGCGUAUCUGAUACAGCACUUUCAGCACAUGCAUGAAUCCCAAAUCUCCCAGUAUUAGGCUCAAUGAAUGAUUGAUAGACACCUGAUAAAGAAAACCCCACUGUUUCCAUAUAUAUAUGUUGGGAAAAUCAAUGAUGCUUAUGCCAUGGUUCAAUGCUUAGUGGGGGCUAUUUGAUAUGAUGUCCACAUAGCUAUCAAGAAAAAUGGGCUCAGAUACUUUUAUUUUAAUUACCAAAAAUUGGAUCAUAUUUACAUUGUCCCUCAGAACAAGACAUUUUUUUAAAGUAGUGAUUAUUAAUUUAAUACUAGAGUGAAGUCUAAGAAUUGGUUGGUGAAUGUUUGUGAGUAUCGUUAUUAUCUAUGGUUCAAGAUCAACCCGUGUUUCAAUGGGACAUUGAUUGAAGUGCUGGGCUUCACGUACACCUGUGUCUUCAUAUGUCCACACAGUCAUCAGUGUAUACCUGUGUACUUAUUGCUUGCAGAUGGACACAGCAUAUACUCUGCAUCAGUUGUCUUGCGGCAACAUUUCACCUGCAGUAUUUAAUAUCACAUCCAGCUUGUGUUUUCAGCUACCGGUAUUAUUCUUGUGAUAUUCUGUUUGUGUAUGAGAUUAAACAAUCAUUUUGUACAUGUAUUUGGUAUUUUCGUCCCCUACCGGUGAAUCCCGAGGGAACUUAUGGUAGUCACUCCGUCUGUCUAUCAGUCAGUCAGUCAGUCUGCCUGUCACACUUUUCUUGAUCCUGCAAUAACUUUAAAAGUUCUUCAUAUUUUUUCAUGAAACUUCAAACAUGGAUAGAUGGCAAUAUGGAGAUUAUGCACGUCAUUUCAUUUUGUUCCUAUGUCAAGAAUUCUGGUUGCUAUGGCAACAAAUAAUAAAAAUAAAAAAUUCAGACAAUAGUGGAGUUUCACUGAUAGAGGACAAUAUUGCUUGGCAAUCUCUUGUUUGUUCAUAUUGUAUUUGAAUAUUUGAAAUGUCCCCUUCAUUUAAGAUGUUUAAAUGUAUCUACUGUACAAUUUAGUCUUUACUGUUUCGUCUGUCAUAUCCCCGAGUUCAAACAAUACCGUGCUUUUAUUUUAGGAUACAAAUCAAUAAUUGUGGUUAGAAUUUUAAAACUUGAAUUGAGCUUAGUCUUAUGAAACAUAAGGUGGAAAAUUAACCACAAUACAUUUAUAUUCAGUUGAUAAAAUUACAGCCAAGGCAACGCAUGUAUAUUAGUCUGUUUUGGGCAUAUUUAUUGAAACUGUGGUGAUAUUCAGCAAAAUUUUAUAAUAUCAUUUAAGUCUGUUUUUUGGUAUUCUUAUUGAAACUGUGGUGCUUUUGAGCACGAUUUAAUAAUAUAAUCAUGAAAAUAAAAGAAAUAGUUAUAAUGUAUUAAGUUCAAUGAAGGUUUUUGAUUUUCUAUUACAUGUAACUAUGAAAUAUUGUGACUCGACAGAUGAGCAGUAUACUAAUGGGAUAUUCAGUCUCAGAGACAAGAAAUAUGUUUGAAAAAGAUAUACAGCGUUGAUUGUGGUUGGUGUUUAUGAACGAUCAAAAGUUAUAUCAAUGGGAUCAAAAAUAGUGAAUGCCUUUUUUCUGCUCAGUUCUUAGCUGCAUCACACGCAAAUCAAUUACGGGGUGUUGCACCAGAUUUUGUGGCUUAUUUCGCUUUAUUAGAUAUUUAUACUCCGAUUUCUAUAUUAACAGAAUAGAAAAACACAUGAAACAUGAAAACAAAUGAAAGCAUAUAGGUCAGCCAGAAACCCUAAAACCUUAUUUGAUACCAUUAUUUAUAGUAUCGUGAAUCAUCUUGCUCAUGCUUAAUAAAUUGGUCAAAAUGGAUAAAUGUUUCUAAUUAAAUUAAUCAAAAUUGGUCCUUAUCAUGCAUUUGUUGAAAACACAUUAAAAAUCUAUGAUUGACAUAUCAUAAUUAUAUCGCCGUAUAUCUUUAUUUAGUAUCUUUUUGAUCAAAAUAAACCUCAAGUGCACAUAGUUUACGGGAUAGCGUUUAUAUAACCAUUUCUGUAACUGAUCGCAAACUGACCUUUAUACCUUGCGGGUUGGUAUGCACUGAAUGGAUGCGAGGUAACAAUUCCUCUGUUGUAAUAACGGCUUGUUACAAGCUUAAAACAUUUACGUUUUUCAAUUUAUAAAACAAUUUUUAAUAUUUACUUCAAAGCGUGCAUGAGGCUACUGAACAACAAUAUGAUAUAAAAAAUUUGAGUGCACAGAAUGCAAUAUCAUAGUAAUCAUUAAAUAUGAGAACACAGCCUCUAAGUACAAACGCUGUCAUUCUUCUUAAUGUAAAGGGGCACACACUCUGUUUUGAUGUUGAGAAUUGAGUGUGAAACUGCUCUAUCACUCAAACCUUAUCAUUAGAGAUACAAGUGUUUCAUGCUGAAUACGCAGUUAACAUCGUUGCUAAACAAACUGUAGUAUCCAUUUUGAUCACUUUUACUUCCCAAAAAUAGAAAGUGGAUGGAAUAACAUAUUAAUGUUAAUGUGAAAUCUGUUUGUAGAUUUUCACGUUUUCUACUGCGAAAAGUUUCCGGCCUACCAGCGGGAAAUUUUAUAUUCAAAUUGAUUGGUCGCUUACAAAGGUCAGACUAAGGUGAAAAGCAGGCAUAUACAGCUACGCCACAAAAAGCACUGGUCAAACAAACCAGAUAUGUGAAAAUAUGUUUUGUUAAGUUGGUAUCAUUGCAAUGAAUUAACGAUCAUACCCGUUGUUAUUGUCAACAUAAAAGUCUACCGACUGUUUAAUAAGAUGAAUAAGCAUAAACUGAACAGAUUCUUUCUUUUUUGGUUAAUAGGUUGCUGCAUGAAUUUUUGAGUGAUGCUGUGAUCUUCGAGAAUGUUGUUGAACAAUCACAUUUAUAAAUAUGAUUUGUUUGUAUAAGGCAAAUCCUGGUUUGAUGUCUAUGCUUGUUGUAUUGAAUAUGUAUUUAAAGAAAUAUUACAAUUUGAAAAACA